GCUCCAUCACACUGUGUUCACUCUGCGUGCAGCUUUUCUGCAGACAUGACUGAGCCCAGAGGGAUUCUGAUCAAAGGGGGGAAAGUCGUCAAUGAGGACUGCUCCUUCAUCAGUGAUGUCUACAUCCAAGAUGGCAAAAUUACGGAUGUUGGGCUGAAUCUGAAGAUCCCAGCUGGAGUGCGGGUCAUCGAUGCCACCGAUAAGCUGGUGAUACCAGGUGGCAUCGACCCUCAUACCCACAUGGAGUUUGAGUUCAUGGGCAGCAGGUCUGCAGAUGACUUCUACAUUGGAACCAAGGCUGCAGUGGCCGGAGGGACCACAAUGAUCCUGGAUUUUGCCAUUCCCCAAAAAGGUGCCUCUCUCCUGGAGGCCUACGAUCGCUGGCGUAGCAAGGCUGAUCCUAAAGUCUGCUGUGACUACUCGCUGCAUGUUGCUGUGACGUGGUGGAGUGACAUGGUGAAGAAUGAAAUGGAAAUGCUGGCCAAAGAGAAAGGAGUGAACUCCUUCAAAGCGUUUAUGGCCUACAAAGACACAAUGAUGCUGCAGGACAUCGAACUCUAUGCUGCCUUCUCACAGUGUCAUCAGAUUGGAGCGAUCGCUCAGGUGCACGCUGAGAACGGAGACCUGAUUGCAGAGGAGGCCAAGAAGAUGCUGUCCAUGGGCAUCACGGGGCCUGAGGGCCACGAGCUGUGUCGGCCAGAGGCAGUGGAAGCCGAAGCCACUCAGCGAGCCAUCACCAUCGCCCAUGCUGUCAGCUGCCCCCUGUAUGUGGUCCAUGUUAUGAGCAAAUCUGCCGCCAAGGUGAUCGCCAAUGCUCGCAGUGACGGGCGCGUGGUGUUCGGGGAGCCCAUUGCAGCUGGUUUGGCUGUGGAUGGUUCUCAUUAUUGGAAUAAAGAGUGGGCCCAUGCUGCCGGAUUUGUGAUGGGACCUCCACUAAGACCGGACCCCAGCACCCCAGGGUGCCUCAUGGACCUGCUGGCCAAUGGUGAUCUGAGCGUGAGCGCGACGGACAACUGCACCUUCUCUGUGUGUCAGAAAGCCCUCGGCAAAGAUGACUUCACCAAGAUCCCAAAUGGGGUGAACGGUGUGGAAGACAGGAUGUCCGUCAUCUGGGAGAAAGGAGUGCAUAGCGGCAAAAUGGAUGAGAAUCGAUUUGUCGCAGUUACCAGCACCAACGCAGCAAAAAUCUUCAACUUCUACCCCCAAAAAGGCCAAAUUGCCAAGGGCUCAGAUGCUGAUGUGGUGAUUUGGGACCCCGAGGCCACAAGGACUAUUUCAGCCUCGACUCACCACCAGGCUCUGGACUACAACAUCUUUGAAGGCAUGGAGUGCCACGGUGUCACUCUGGUCACCAUCUCCAGAGGAAAAGUUGUCUAUGAAAAUGGCCAGCUGAAUGUGACUCCUGGACAUGGCAGGUUCAUCCACAGACAGCCCUUCUGUGACUUCAUUUACAAACGCAUCAAGCAGAGGGAACAGGUGGGGAAACCUAAAGCUGUGCCCAGGAAGCCUUAUGAGGGGAAAGUAUGUGUGUGAACAGCUGACCCAGAACAUGAAGGACACAUCUCCCAAAACUAACGGAGCUCAGUUUGCUCCAGCUGAUACGUCUCCAAUGAUUUGGUUUGAUCAGAUGUGUUCAUGCAGUCGCUGUGUGGAGGUGUUUAUGAAUAAAUGACUCAA